AUCGCAGAUAAGUAGUUUAAAUGUUUUUAAAAAAUGAUCGUAAACGAAAAUGCCAUAGCUUACCAAUUAGAUCUAUAAAUUAGUACAUUUCGUUAAAGAGAUAGUAAUGCCAUUAUUUAUCGUUCAUCAUUCACUUCCAAAUUCUUCAUCAUUCUCAGUCACCAUUCACUUCUAUCUACAUCUAUAUAUUUUCCCACUCAAUAAAAGUGAAUGGUGACAGAAGUUGUUAUUCUUUAUCAUAUCUUCUUGUGUUCCAUUGAAGAAAGAAAGAAAGACAAGUAUUGAAUAACACGAGGAUGAAAUAAUAAUAAUCAUUAUUAUUAUUUUAUCUGGUAGACUAUCCCUUUAAAUGUUCUUUUCAAAGCACGUUUGCCAAACGAGUCAAAGCAGCACGUGAGUUUGUGGGUUGAAUUUAUGCUCCCCCCCCCCCAAGCAGUCCUAUAGCUUCCCGAUAUGUCUCUAAGUUCAGUGCAGUCCACCUUGUCCACUCUGAAGUCAUGUCAGGCAGAUAUUGGAGCUUGUAUGGACAUGGUAUCAGAUGUUGCGCUGGGAAUAGUUGAAGCACAAGGUAUGGAUAACAGUCCAGCUCUGAAGAAGCUGGAGGAGAUGAUUCUGGAGUGCUCCAGACUGGACAGAGAAAUCAAUUAUUUUGUGGAGUCUGUUGAUGAGAAGACUGCUCAGGUCAGACGUGAACCUCCCGAGGCCAUGUUUCAUCUGAGGAACUCUGUAAAGGAGCGUUUCACUGAGCUUACAGCUGGAGUUACAGAUGCAGACCUGCAAAGGCACAGCAAGGUUGUUGCCUUCAGAGACAGUGUCAGGAAAUAUGCCAUGCAAGCAGGUCAAACUGCUGCUGAGAAUGAAGAGGAGUUGGAUGAGGACAUUGCUGUAACACAGAGCCAGACAAACUUCAUCUGCCCUCUCACCCAGGUUAAGAUGGUCAAUCCAGUGAAAAACAAGAAAUGCGUUCAUCACUAUGACCAAGAGGCUGUACUUGAAAUGAUUAAGGCUAAGCACAAAAAUAAGAAGAAAUUUCGCUGUCCAAAGGUUGGCUGUGGAAACGCAGAUGUUCAGCGGUCAGACCUCGAGUUGGACUUGCUUAUGAAGAGAAUGAUUCAGAACCACAAGAGACAGAGUGGAAAAACCUAAUUUGACUAAAUCAGUCCUGCAGAUGGUAUAGUUGUUCUGUCUUUAAUGGGAAAAUGGUUUUGCCUGAAUGUCGAAAUGUAGAACUGGAGUUUUGUUGUAAAAUCUGUUUCAUGUUAUAGUUAAUAUAUAACACAUUUAUAGUUCGUUUGUAAUACAAAAAUAAAGGCACUAUUCUUGU